GUACGUUGCUCAAACUGGUGGCUCGUUCAUUCUCCUUUGGCAGUUGAACAGCAGAGGCGUGAGGGACAGAGCUGGAGCUUUUGGGAGAUGAAUCUAUACAAGAGUUUUGGAAACCUCAUGGAGGUACUGGUACAUGAAGAUCAGACGUAUACUAAGUGGCAUGGAAAUAAUUCUGAAAAGACUUUUGUACCUUGCUCUGACAUGGAAACGAACCUGCGCUCAGAGUCUGUUGACUCCGGAGUGGAAACAGCCAGUUGUUAUUCACCGCACCCUGCGACAUCCUGCUCCGUCUCAACAGAUACUGCAGAAAUGGAUAUUUUCUUGCCACAAAUGAAUGGACCCACCAUGGCAUCAACGUCCCAGUCUCCUGUACUGGCCUCUCCCAUGCCUUCCUCUGCUUCCUCUUCAUCUCCACCCCUGUGUCGCAGCAGAGCUGAGGAAGUUUCGAGCACUUUGCACCAAAAAGUGGAACAAGCUUUGCAGAGGACCAACACUAAACAUCUCACUCUUUCCAGAGAGGCGCUCAUCCGACACCCUCGACCAUCAUCUCUGCCCAAAUGGCACACAAUAGAUAUAGUGAGAUGUCAAAGGUCAGGUAGUUGCAGCUCAAGGAGGGAUAAUUCAUCAGUAGCCAUCAGGCAGACGUCAGAAAGACGACCACUUUCUGUAGAAUGCUACAAGCAGAGAUCUGAGGACUGUGAUGUCCAGGAAAGGCAGGAACUGAGUCCCGGGCUCUGCUACUUGGAGCAGGUUUGUCAAAUGCUGGAAGAAAUUGCCAGACAGCAGAUGCAAAACCAAAGAUUACAGAUGGAGACAGACGCUCUCUUGGAAAAUAAAGACAUACAGAGUGACUCUGCAGCAGUUGAGAAGGAGCCGUCUCCCUGUAAUAGACUUGAACAUCCAGAAGAUUCAGAGAACAUUUCCAAUAAACCCAAGCAGCAGAAAUACCAACAUUUUCGGCGGAGAUCUGUCUCAGACACAACUGUUGCAAUGCUACAUUCAAGAAAGUUGAAUGGAAACUGCAGAGGGCAGCAGCUGAGUACAAAUGACCUGCUAGAGAUGGUAGUGGAAGACUAUAAAAUGGAGGACUUGACAAAGAAAGAGCCAAAUAAAAUUAAGAACUGGAGGUUAAAGGUUGGGUCUUUAAGAAGAAGAGAUGAAUAUGCUGCGUCAGACACAAAAGGCCAACAGAUGCAGUCAUCUGAGAAAAACUCUCUCAGCCGACGGUUGAGCCAGCUGUUCAGGAGGAGAAAGACAGCUCUGCCCGUAUAAAUGGACCACAGUGUUCGUCUGCAUGCUUUGGCAUUUUGGUUUCUGAAGAGGAGACAAUUUCAGCACUGAUACUACUUUCAACAUCACUUCCUAUUGCCUCGUGAUGCAGCAAUCUACUCUAUUUAUUUAUUCACCCGCAAAUGGACUCUAUAUGUAUAGGAUGUAUUUUUUAUACAAUUUCCAAUAUAAUUUUUACCUAAUAUAAGAUUAAACAAAUGAUCGCUUAUCAGGAAUAGAAUAGUUUUUCUUAUUUAUAAGAUGAAAAAAUAACUCUUCAUAAUUUUUUUGCAACUUACAAUGAGGCUUUGAAUGGCUUGUCCAAUGGCUAAUGGCUUGCCUACUAAAGGAUUAUUCAUAUUUUGAGUAGUUACAAAUAUCCAUGUUGUCUAAUUUGAUUUUAAAAAGUAAGUCAUUAGUUAUUCAUCUAAUGUAAUCUAAAUAGCUAAUUUGCUAUUAUAGAAAUCGACUGAUCAUAUAAAGCUGUUUUCACUGACGUUAUGUAGCAUGUUCAUAGUUAGCACUGUUAGCUGUUGUACCAACAAUUAUGUUAAAGAUAAUUUAUAAGGCUGCUGCAUGCACAUUAGUUUCAUGACUGACAUUUAACACCUGUGACAUUGUUGUAAGCUAAUUGUAUUUUUUAUGUUAUCAAAUUCGCCCACUAGUGUAAGAUAGUCAUCUCACUCAUCUUCUCCCGCUUUAUCCGUUACCGGGUCGCGGGGGCAGCAGCCUCAGCAGGGAUGCCCAGACUUC